CCUCGCUCCCCUGAUUUCCAAUUGUGUUCGUCUGCAACCCUCUCCUCGCUAACCCAAAAUCGAACAGACACCAAAGAGUUGAUCUAUCUGGGCAUUCACCCUGACCAACUCAAGCUCGCACCUUACUAUUACUACAAACACUCUGUCGCUAAGACUUACAAAGCUUGCUACGUUGCAGACAAGGCACGCGCAAGACGUCAAUCAAUCCCUCCCCCACCCCUCCGCCGAGUCGGUAAUCUCCCUCCGCCUGCUACAUACGACCGUGACUUCCAAGUUGCCAACAUCCUCGAUUACCACUCCUUCCUCUACGAACGUUACGAACUCUUUCCUUGCGGUAACCCAACAUGCCAGCAGCAUAUGCGGUGCGGGAUGGGGGUGAUGCCAAAACGAAAAAACAAAGCAUGGCAGAUCUUAAGCUCCGACGGCUUCAAGAACUCAACUCAAGGCUGAAGGAAGAUCUUGAAAGGCCUCGUGUCAAAGUCGCAGAAGCAUCAAUGAGCCUCAUCAACUACUGUAAUCAAACGCGAGAUUACAUGGUGCCUUCUGUCUGGGGACACGUCGACCGAAAAGAAGAUCCGUACAACCCGCAAAGUGGAGGGAGCGACGGUUGUUGUUCAGUCAUGUAAUGGAGUCUAAUGGGAGUCAGAAGAAGAUGAAGAGAUUAUUGAUGGACAGCAAUCGUGAUUCAAAAAAGCAUGCGGCGCAUACGGCGUUUGUUGGACAUCUCAAGAGCGACAGGUUUUCAUGUCACAGACAGCACUAUGCUGUGCUUGUACUCAGUUGACAACUAGCCGGCUUCUUCAUUCCUGUUCACUUUCGAUAGCACCCGCAGAUAGGGCCUAGGGAUGAUAGUGUACCUCAAAAUUCAGAAUCCAAAAUCUGGAAGAUUCUCAUACCAGUCCCUGUUUGGGGACUGCGUCUUCCUAAUUGAUCCAUGGGUAAUCCAUCUAUG